AUGUCGUCAGCAAAGCGGCCAAAACUGUCACUACAAACCUCCAAUCUGACUCCGACCUUCAUGGGUGCCGAUGGUGGUCGGAAAACCAUCGUGAGUCCACACACUGCCACGCCGACCAGGCUCAAUACAUUCAGCAAUGCUUUCGAUCUGACCUACAGGUCGUCGCCACUGUCAACUGUCUCAUCACCUAUUACACAAGCACAACUGAAGAUAACAGGUCGCGCAUCUUCACCUGCACCGCAGAGAGGUGUCAUAACUUACAGCUUGAAUCUGCCAUUUGGUGUGCAUCCCAUCCUUAAGAAUACGUCGCUGUCGCGGGAUCCUCGCCGGCUUUCCGCCACCUCAGCCAGCGCAAGUCCCAGGACAUCCGGCAGACGGGUUUUCUUUCCAGCAUCCAAAAAUGUCAGCUUCCGGGCAAAUCUGGAAGAAGAGAUUGUCACAAAGGAGUACGUCAUGCGUCAUGCAGACCUAACUACCUCGGAAGAUGAGAUCGAUAUAUCCGAGCCGGAGGAGUCGAGCAGUGCCUGGACGAAUGAGGCGAAAAGUGGUCAAGCAGACCGUAUCAUCCGCGUAGACGAAUAUGCGACGCGUGGCAGGAGGAAGAGGAAGACAUUGACUGUCUCCGAGUCAUUCUCCCAAGAUGUGGAUGGUGGUAGAGAAGAGAAGUCGCGAAGUACAUCGACACGGAGGAACAAACGCAAAAGACGGAAGUGGGAGUGGACGAUCGGCAACUCCGUUCAGCCCAGGCUGCAAGCUUCUUUAGGAGAAACAGAGGAGUCCCAAGAGAGGUCCACAGGCUGCUAG